AUGACUGGCAAGGUCCAACGAGCCGUCCGCAGCUCCAGCCAGCCGCUCAGGCGCCCCCCUGCUCAUUCAUCCUCUCAACGACAAACUUCGCGACAUGCGCUUGUCGAAACAGAGCAUCCCGACCGCAAUGGCGGCGGCCCAUCGACGGCUGUAGCUGCGUCGUCGUCUUCGGCGGCGCACUCUCCCUCGCAAGCUUUCAACAUGUCGUUUCUGGGAAACCCGCCUCGCAACUACCGCACGCCACCCUUUCCGUCGCUCAACGUCCAUACGCUCCAAGACCACACACCCAAUCGCACCUACACACUCUAUCGCAUUUCAGACGCCUGGAAGUUCACCGUGCUGUGGACUCUGAUCACCUACAUAUUCUUCCAUCUCGUGGCGGUGUCGGUAGCGUUUUUCAGUCACGGGUUCAACAAAGGGUCGUGGCGAUUUCUCUGGGCCGUCCCCAUCAUAUACCUGUUGAUAGCAGGGCUGGAGGCUGUCAUUGCUGGAAGUAUUGUCGGGCUUGUGCUCGGGGCGGUAUACAAAGCCGGGUACUACGAAAUGAAUACCUGGAUCCCGUGCACAUGGGGAUUCAUCAACGUUCUCGUGCUGAUAAUAUCUUCCUUUUCGGUUCAAGGCCUGCUUUGA